UCGGUGUGCGACCUGUGGGUGCGACAGGAGCGAGCGCUGUCCGCUGCCAGGGGACAGCGGCUUGGAGGGGUGGAGGGGACAGUGGCCCUUUUGCAGGGACUCCUCCACCCCCACCGCUCCUUUGGCCCUUCCCCUCCCCCUAAGCAGAGUUCCUGCCUGGGCAUUCCUCCUGGGCCCGCUCGCCCGGCCUUCCCUUCUGGAAACAUUCCUGAGGCUUUCGCCAUUUCCUGCUGCUUGCCUCCUCCUCCUCCCUGCUGGGCUGGGAAGCCACCAGCCGCUUCACCCCCACACCCGGCCACCCGGACUCCCGGGAGGCGGGCUCCUUUUUUCCUAUGCAAAUUUAAAAAAGCCCUACUUCCUCCUUCUUUUCUUCCGAACGCCCACACCUGUCGCUCGUUCCCGGCCUCUGGAUUCCGCGGCCUCCCGCGGCUGGAGGACGUCUUGGCAGGUGUGGGGGGUGUGAGGCUGUGGCGAAGCCUUUCCUCAUUCUCUCGGACGUGGAGUGAUAGAAUUGUGCUCGGGAGUGACCAAGCUGUCCUCGAUUGAGGACUAGGGCAGGUGAAAGAGUUCAGUGGUGGCAUUAUUGAUCAUUAUAAUCAUAUCAUUUGCACCCUUAUCUUAAGUAAAUUUGAGAGUGGGUGAUUCCAAGGUGAACGUGGGGGUUCUGCGUAUCUUUUGCUACUUGUUUGCUGACCCCCACCCCCCAUCUUCCUCCGUGGCCCCCUCAAGCAGAGCUGUGGCAGGAAGCUGUGGGUGGGAGGGAUGGGCUUGGGGCUGUUCCCUGCGUCCAGCCUCAGCCCAUCCCUGGCGCCCCUGGGCACAGAUUUGCCAUCUGCCCCCUCUGUCCCUUUGUGGCCCGUAACCCCCGCUUCUGUUGGAGGGAGGACUGUUUCACUCUCCCACGUCCUCCAGGCACAUUCUGCCCCUGGCGGACACCCGCACCUUCCCUGGUCCCUGCAAGAGAGUGCGUUCAGGGAGCUGACCUUAGUGUCAGUGUCUCGCCACCCACCCACCCGUGACAGCUUGCUUUGCUAACUAGGCCCGUGGAAGGUGGGGGGCAGACACAAGAGUGCUGGCCGCUACUCCUCGGCAUGGUGGGUGCCACGGAGAGAACGAGGCUCCGUCGGCUUGUCCUCUGUUCCACCUCCUGCCAGGUGGCUCCCUGAGGCACCACCCAGGUUGGACUUCGUUCCCCUUACAACACAGGCUUUGCUCUGCCUCCUGGCCCCUCUGCGUCCACUGGGGCCACUACCAACCUUUCCCCAUUUCUUUACCUCCUGUCCACAGCUGUUGUAGCAGAGGGUGCUAAUGGCCCAGGCUCCCUAGGGCCACCACCCCACUGUGCCAUCGCGGUGGGGGUAGCCUGGCCCGGGCUGCGGGAGGGGGGACUUUGAGUGUUCAACCAGGACAGGAAGGGAAGUGCUGAGCUCAGGGAUCCCCUCCCUUUUCCACCCCCAGCUGCCUCUGUUUCCUCUCUCAUUCCCCCCUACUCUCCCGUGGCUUCCUGCUCCCUUUGGCCUGCCCAUGUCCUGUUUGGAUUGAUCCAGACCUAUCCUUAUUUCCCUCCUUUCCUUCUCAUUCCUACAUGCUUCCCUCCCACCCCCACUUUGCUCCCCUCCCCGAUUACUGGUGGUUGUCUGGGGGCAGGGUGGGGACACGCAUAGCUCUGUCCCUGCCGAGUCCGGGGCUGUGGCAGUGGUGGGGGUUCAGCCCCUUAGAGCCUGUGAGUCAGCACUGUCCUCGGGAUUGGGCUCUCGGCUUAGCUCCCCGCCCCUGGGGAGGAGCCAGGCAGCUCUGGGUCCAGCCUGUUCUCUUCUCCGCCGGAGAAGAGGCUCCACGCUGGGCGGGGAUGGGGCCUGAAACUCUCUGGGUCUGAGCGGGGGUGGGCGCUGGUGCCACUUACCCUCUCCCUUCCCAGGAUCCUUGAGAUCCCUGGGCCAGAGAGGUCCGGUCAGGCUAAGGGCCUGGGGAUGCCCCCUGCCUGGCCCCCUUGCCCUGACUGGCAGGGGGGCCAGGCUGGGCAGCAGCCUCCCUCUCACUCCAGCCAUGGAUCUCCUGCCCCCCAAGCCCAAGUACAAUCCGCUUCGGAAUGAGUCUCUGUCAUCGCUGGAGGAGGGGGCUUCGGGGUCCACCCCGCCGGAGGAGCCGCCUUCCCCCUCGGCCUCGUCCCUGGGGCCUAUUCUGCCCCCUCUGCCUGGGGACGAGAGUCCCACCACCCUGUGCUCCUUCUUCCCCCGGAUGAGCAACCUGAAGCUGGCCAACCCAGCUGGGGGGCGCCCGGGGCCAAAGGGGGAGCCAGGGAGGGUGGCUGAGGAUGGGGAGGGGAUCGUGGGGGCGGCCGCGCCAGACUCAGGCCCCCUGCCCCUCCUCCAGGACAUGAACAAGCUGAGUGGAGGCGGCGGGCGCAGGACUCGGGUGGAAGGGGGCCAGCUGGGGGGCGAGGAGUGGACCCGCCACGGGAGCUUUGUCAAUAAGCCCACGCGGGGCUGGCUGCAUCCCAACGACAAAGUCAUGGGACCCGGGGUUUCCUACUUGGUUCGGUACAUGGGCUGUGUGGAGGUCCUGCAGUCGAUGCGCGCCCUGGACUUCAACACCCGCACCCAGGUCACCAGGGAGGCCAUCAGUCUGGUGUGUGAGGCUGUGCCCGGUGCGAAGGGCGCAACAAGGAGGAGAAAGCCCUGUGGCCGCCCACUCAGCUCCAUCCUGGGGAGGAGUAACCUGAAGUUUGCAGGAAUGCCCAUCACUCUCACCGUCUCCACCAGCAGCCUCAACCUCAUGGCCGCAGAUUGCAAACAGAUCAUCGCCAACCACCACAUGCAGUCUAUCUCAUUUGCGUCCGGUGGGGACCCGGACACAGCUGAGUACGUCGCCUAUGUUGCCAAAGACCCGGUCAAUCAGAGAGCCUGCCACAUCCUGGAGUGUCCCGAAGGGCUUGCUCAGGACGUCAUCAGCACCAUCGGCCAGGCCUUCGAGCUGCGCUUCAAACAAUACCUCAGGAACCCGCCCAAGCUGGUCACCCCUCACGACAGGAUGGCUGGUUUUGAUGGCUCGGCUUGGGACGAGGAGGAGGAAGAGCCACCUGACCACCAGUACUAUAAUGACUUCCCGGGGAAGGAGCCGCCUCUCGGGGGAGUGGUGGACAUGAGGCUUCGGGAAGGAGCUCCCCCCGGGGCUGCUCGACCCGCUCCACCCGGGGCGCAGACCCCCAGCCACCUGGGAGCGACGCUGCCUGUGGGGCAGCCUGUUGGGGGAGACCCAGAAAUUCGCAAACAGAUGCCACCUCCACCGCCCUGCCCAGCCUCUCUCUCCUCAGCAGGUAGGGAGCUCUUCGACGAUCCUUCCUACGUCAACGUCCAGAACCUAGACAAGGCCCGGCAAGCAGGGGGUGGGGCCGGGCCCCCCAAUCCUGCCGUCAAUGGCAGCGCGCCCCGAGACCUCUUUGACAUGAAGCCCUUCGAGGAUGCCCUUCGCGUGCCUCCACCUCCCCAGUCAGUGGCCAUGGCCGAGCAGCUGCGAGGGGAGCCCUGGUUCCACGGGAAGCUGAGCCGGCGGGAGGCCGAGGCCCUGCUGCAGCUCAACGGCGACUUCCUGGUGCGGGAAAGCACGACCACGCCGGGCCAGUACGUGCUCACCGGCCUGCAGAGUGGGCAGCCCAAGCACCUGCUCCUGGUGGACCCGGAGGGCGUGGUUCGGACAAAGGAUCACCGCUUUGAGAGCGUCAGCCACCUCAUCAGCUACCAUGUGGACAAUCACUUGCCCAUCAUCUCUGCGGGCAGUGAACUAUGUCUCCAGCAGCCUGUGGAGCGGAAGCUGUGAUCCAGCAAAGUGCUUUCUCCCCGAAGGGGCCCUCUCACCCCUUCCACCCUGUUCCUUGAUUCUCAGGACUUCACUUGGGAGUGUUUUGUGGGCUGGGCCUUGUGUUGGAGCUGGGAGUAGUGUGGACACGGUUCAGCAUCGGCUGAAUGAGAGGUUUUGUCGGAAGCCUGGGGUAGAAUCCCGCUUCUCCCCGAACCUUACCAAAGUAUUAAUGUACAGAGUAGCCCCUUCCCUGGGCCUCUCCUGUGCCAAUCUGAUACCCCCUUCCCCAAGAAGGUGGGUGCUUGAGGCCUGGGCAGCGUGCCUCCUUGAAAUGAGAAAAGGCUAAUGGGGCAAUCACCUUUCUAGGGAAGGGGGAACAAAUCACACCUUUGGUCUACCCUUGGGCUCAGAUCCCUCUCAACAACUCUCCCUCCCAGUGGUUAAACUUUGUGCCUUUGACCAUCUCCUAGGUCUGAAGAGAUUUUAUGCAGAGAGUUCUUGAGCCCCUGAGGUCGAGGAUGGGAGUGCUGACAUCUUGGCUUCGGGGACCCUGUCCUCUCCUUGCUCAGCACCCACUCCACCUCCACCCCAGUGUAGGUUGGGAGAGCAGAAGCAGGAAUGGCAGCUGGCCCCUGUCCCUGGGGAAAAUGCAACCCUUAGAGAUUGCCUCAGAGCCCCCCUCUCCCUGGCCAGUGGGGAGAUGGACCCCUCCCUUGCUCAGUGCCUCCUGGCCAGGGGGGGGCCCCUCACCCAAGGGGUCUGUAUAUACAUUUUGUAAGUCCCUCCCCCACCUCCCAAUUUGCAUGCAUGUUAUACUCUACAGCCAAAGCGUUGCCCUCGGUCCUGCAGCCUCUUCCCUGCCUCUUGCUGGGGCGGGGGCGGGGGUGGGGGUGGGGGGUGUGACAGGAUUCAGGCCUCCUGAACUGGUAACUGCGGGUUUGUGGAGGCAGGAACGAGGGCAAUGAGACUAAAGCAGUAGACAAUCCCCAAAUACCAUCUGUAGAUUUGGAACUACACCUACUUUGAUUUUUAUACGCGUAUAUUUUCUGGCUGUGGAUUUACUUUCCUUGUUUGUUUUCUCUGGCUUAUCUGGAGCACAGAAUGAUGAUAGUCAAUGACAUGUACACAUCACCUCUUUGCCUUUUCGAAGCCCUUUUAUAAGGACUAGCAUUUCCCUCCUCCUGGCCUGGGCACGAUCUUUUCCGCCAGAGACUGCGGCCUUGGAAGUGGAUCGCGCGCCGGGACUAGGAAAGCCUGGGCCUCCCGGAGGCCAGGCGGCCUAGUGCACGACCUGAGCUUCUGAGCUUCUGUGUCAGGCUGACGCCCCCCGCCCCCCACCCCGGGAGCCAGCCCUGCUGCUGGGGGCUCCGCCUGCGGACUGGGAGUGGGGGAGUGUCUCCACGGUCUUCGUCCUCGCCUUUUUGUUUGGGUGUCUUCGCGGGUGUCACUUAUACCAAAGGGAAAUCCUCUUUAUUAAAGUCCCUGUUUCUUCUA